UUUAGCACAAUAUUUAAAAAAUUUAAGGGACAUAACCUUUUGUAAUAAACUAUCAAAAAAGGCAAUGUAUAACUUAUGUAUUAUGUCAUGAGUUCGUUUAAAUACUUCUACGGAUCAAUCGAACAUUGAAUUUUCAUUAAAAAUUAUUAACUAUAUAGUGAAAUUUAAAUAAAAGACAAAAUUAUUCUUCAACAAGCUGAAUGUGCUGCCCACGGUACCGUUUCACUGAAGUGGUAGAGCCAAGAACUUCUAGGUUUUGGAAAAAUGGAGGUCGCAGUUCGAUCGAAAUCACGAUUUGUCUUGUUUAAAAACCAUUAAAUCGCGUGAUUUCCUUGCAAGAGAACUGACUUUUAAUAAACUUUCUUGUUUCUUAGUGAUUUCAUUUCUUCAUAACUUCGAAAUCUGAAAAGUGAAGAUCUAUUUGUACGUAGUAAAAUGCAGGAGAGACGGUACAUCCCCAUUUUUUGACGGGAUAAUAUAUUGGACGUGUAACAUUUAUGGAAAAUGAAAUCAAUCAAAGCAAAAACCAAGGCCAAAAAACCUAAUGGCAAAUUUAGAAGAGUUAAAUUUCCUCCUACAGAAGUUGCUUCCAUAAGUUCAGACUUGUCAGAGUUAAGUCAACCAAUAGACACGAGCAUUUCAAAUUUGUAUCGUGUAACCAAAAUUUUAGAAAAUGGCAGCGAUGAAGUUAAAUCAAUUUUAACAUAUGAAUGUGACUUGGUAUAUGAAUGUCGUAUAUGUCGAAGCCUGUUUAGGAGUUUGGUUAAUUUCAUCUCGCAUAAACGCAUUUAUUGUAAAGAGAAAGUUGAUGUCACAUUUGCCAGGAAAUCUUUCUGUGAUUAUACUACAAUUAUAAGAACUGAAUCAGAUAAUGAAAAAACACAAAAAUUGUUUCAUGGACAUUGUGAAAAUGAUGGAAAUUUUAAAAGUCAAAUUUCUGAGGAGAAACAAAAAAAAGAUCUCACUUCUAUUAUUACUAUGUUACAGAAGAAACAUACAGAAAAUUUUCAAAAUAAUAGUGAAUGCGUUUAUUUGGAAAGUGUGCAAUCAAAUUCAUCAGCAGUUUAUCAAACUGUUGAGUCAGUCAAUUCAAAUCAGGAUCGUACAGAAUUAAUGAAAACUCAGAUAACUGAGUUAAAAGAUAUGAUAAAUGGGAAAAAUGCUGUGUUAGAUCCAAAUGGACAACUUAAACAUCUUGAUCAUGGAUCAAAUACUGGCAGUAUAACUCAAAACGUUAAUAAGGAAAAAUCUGGUAGAAUUUCUGAAAAUGACAUUGUUUGUUCAAUAUGUAGUGCAAAGUUUUCAACAAAAAAGACAUUAGCUGUUCAUACAAGAACAUUGCACACAUCUCAUAGGUUAUGUUAUCCUUGCCCUUUUUGUUCUAGUACAUUUGCAAAUACCUGGAGUGUUUAUCGACAUCUCUUCAAAAUUCAUAGAAAAACCAGUGAUCAGGUACGGAGGCUUAGGACUCAGAUUCAGGAAAAAGCAUUCUUCAAAGACACAACUGUAGCAGAAGAUUUACAAAAGGAAGAUGCCAACAAAACCUUAAUGAAUGAUACAUUGCGAAUUAAUGAAACUCAGGAAUGGAUAGAACAUUUAGAAUCUGAUUCAGAAUUACAAAGAUGUGGAGGUUGUGGAAAAAGAUUUGAUAGGAGGGCAGCUUUAUUGUCUCACUCUCAGUAUUGCCAUAGACGUGUCGCAGCAUGUGAAAGCACUAAAGCAAAAAAAGUUAAUAAAGUCUCACUAGAUCCCACUCCAAAGGAAAAUAUAGUUAUUAUUCCGGAAAUCCAAAAAGAUGUAAACACAGAAAGUUUUUCUGCUGCAUCUGAAAUCAACAAUAGUUUUGAAACACCUAUACGUGUAGAAACUGUUGCAAGUUUAAGUAAAGAAGAUUGGGAUAUGUUAGACACUGAAAAAUCACAGAAUGGAGCAAAGAAUGAAGAAGAGGUGACAGUUAUUACAAAUGGAGCGCAGAAAGUAACAGAAGAAGGUAUUUCUCCUGCAAAUGAUAUUUCUGAUCCUAUAGAAAUUGUGUACACUAAUAUUAAUAAACCGAAAACUAAUAUUGGAAGUAAAAAAAGAAAACGUAAAGAUAAGCCAAAGAAAUUAAGUAGUACUGCAGCAACUAUUACAAAAGACAUAUCUUCGGAAUCAAAUACUGAACAAGAAACAGAAAUACAGAAAGUGGAUAAUGUCUUACUGAUGGAAGAAAAAGUGGCUUCGAUUAUAAACCUUCAAAAACUUCAGUGCCUUUCAUGUAAACGAAAAUUUAUGUCAGCAACUAAUUUAAGAAGACAUGCUGCUAUUCAUAUUGGUUGGAAUCGUUAUAAAUGUAAACUCUGUGAUUUUAAAUGUUUUGUGAAAUGUGAUUGCGUAGCACAUUGUAAUAAAAUGCAUAAUGCUCAAAAUAAUCGUGUUAUCAUAGAAGAUAUGAUAGCUUUGAUUCCCGAUGAUCAAUGCAUACACGAACAAGAUAUUAUGUUGGACAUAACAAACGUAGAAAAGGAGUCAGGUACUCCAGAAGUUACAGAAAAUCAUGUAGAAUCAGAAGUUCAAAUAGAAGAAAAGACUGUAAAUAAAACAGAAAUAGAAAUAAUAGAUACAAAUUCAACGUGUCAAGAAGUAGUUCAUAUUAACGGUGAAACAGAGGAGGUAUCGAACGUUAAUAAUAAAGAUCAAAAUACUGCGGGAUUGGAUCCUGAUAUUAGAAAAAUGGUAAUGGAAGUUAUUUUUGGAUCUUCUGAAGUAAAUUCCGCAAAAGAAACCACGAAAAAGUCUAAUUCUAAAUUACAAAAUAUACAAAACAGCGAAACGGUGCAGUCGAGUUGUUCUGAGUUGAAAGAAAGUGAAAUUACAUCUAUACAAAAUAAUUUAAAACCGCAACGUCCUAUUCGCAAUAAAAUGAAACCUUUGAAUAAAGAUUUUGUUUAUGAUUUAAAGGAUGUAGCAGGUGCAAAGGAUUCAUUAAUUAUGAAACCUUUUAGUAAAUCGUUGCGUAAAAAACCUCUGCUACUUGACGAAGACAAUUUAGACAGAGAUACAGAACAACCGUCAAAACGUUUUAAAUCUAUACAGAAUGCUAAAAUAUCAAUUCUAUGUGACAACAAUGUUAUAAACAAAUGCGAUAUUAAGCUCAGCAGAGUUGAGGAAAAUUUAAAAGGUAGCCUUGCUUUUCCUCAAUGCCACAGUUAAUUAGCAAAAUGUGUAUUAUGCUGAAAAUAAUGAAAAUUUUGGUUUCAUUGAAGAAUACAUUACUUGAAUAAAUCUUUUUAUUUCUAUUUAAAAAAUGGAAUUUUAGCAAAAUUGUACAUUAUUGAUUAUAGCAAUGUAUAUGUUA